AUGAUUAUCCUAUAUUCGUCUUCUGAUGUCAUUGACUCUUUCGGACGCUGUUCCAUGGACUCUCGCAUGGUUAUUUGUCCGCUUCUGUACGACACCGGAGGCAGUGUGCUGAUCAUUAUUAUCUCAAUGGCGUACUAUGCCGUGCCGCGUGCGCUAGAGAUGCAUGGCCCAUCCCCAGCACAUCCUUAUUUGCCGGCGCCAUUCAUCGACACUGCGGAGACUUCUCUGGACAAAACUCUAAUGCUGAUGGGCGCCAAAUGGUCUCGUCUUCUCGGCGCCCCUCCUUCGUGGAUGGUGAGACUCCGAUGCGAUGAGAUGACGGGCGCCGAAUCUGCGCACGAUUGGGCCGGUUGA